AUAUACGUGAGCGGUGGUGGAGCUGCGAAGAAAUGGGCUUCGGAAUUUCCAGUGAGCUUCCGUUCACGAUUCUUUCGUGGUUGUGAUGGGGCUCGUACACCUCACAUUUACACCAGUUGUCGAUUUAGACGAACGGGACGCAGCUGGCGCUUCUGCAGAAUCGAGUACUGCUAUCCAUUUCGCGUUUCUUCUUUGACCUUCAGCGGAAUGGCAUCACUGUUGGAAGAAAAAAAUUUGCAUGAUGAGGCACAAAAAGAUUUGCACAAAGUGGAUAUCUUUCGAGAUACUCCUGUGAGGCUGCUCGGAUAUGCGAAUGAAAUAGGCGAGGCAUUUCGUGCCUGGGUAUCGGCAAAUGCGGUACGAUUGUCAUAUGUCGUAGCAUCGAGCUAUGUAUUCGCUGAUACUGCUGAUAAAGCGCAUAAGACUUAUCAGCCUGUGGAGCCACUACCACAAGAGAAACAUCCGCUUGAACACCUCGAUGAGAUGAUGAUGUAUGAAACUAGGUACAUCUCGAGGUGA